AACUUUGCAACGACCAAAUCACCAAGUUAUUUAUUCUGUAUAUUUUUUGUGCAUCGUAUCGAAUAAAAAAAAAUUCCUGUACGUGCACAUAGCACACUGAUAAAAUUCCGUGUCAAAAGCAAAAUUUCCGAAUAGAAAUUGCUAUUUUAUUACGAAAACUAUUAAAUCGAUGGAAAGACGGUGCUGUUUAGUUACUUUCAUCGCAUAAGUUAAAAACACACACACACUUUCCGGAUUGAAAGCAAAAGAGAGAAAAAAAAGUUCACACGAUUAAGUUUUAGAGAAGCAAAAGUGAUUAAGAUUUCAUUUCUUUCUGUUAUUAUACCGAAGCGAAUAAUUGUUCAAAAAUGGUUGAUAAAUUUAUAAGUAUGUGGAAAGUGCGUGAAAUCGCCGACAAAGUAACCAAUGUUGUUAUGAAUUACACGGAAAUCGAGGGAAAAGUAAGAGAAGCAACAAAUGAUGAGCCAUGGGGGCCAACCGGUCCUCUUAUGCAAGAGCUAGCUCAUUCAACAUUCACUUAUGAACAUUUCCCAGAAGUUAUGUCGAUGCUUUGGAAGCGAAUGCUCCAAGACAAUAAAACCAAUUGGCGGCGUACUUAUAAGAGUCUAUUGCUGCUAAAUUAUCUAGUUAGAAAUGGUUCAGAACGAGUAGUGACAUCGUCACGUGAACACAUUUACGACUUACGUUCAUUAGAAAAUUACACAUUCACCGAUGAAAAUGGCAAAGAUCAGGGAAUCAAUGUUCGGCAUAAAGUUCGCGAAUUGAUCGACUUCAUACAGGACGAUGAUAAACUGCGCGACGAGAGAAAAAAGGCCAAAAAGAAUAAGGACAAAUACAUUGGCAUGAGCUCAGAUGCGAUGGGCAUGCGGAUGAGCUCAAGCGGCGGUGGUAGUGCGUACAACGACUGGGAUUCGUCACAUAAGUAUGAUAGAAAAAAUUCAUACGAAGAUGAUCAUUACGAUGGUGAACGUGAAGAUUCAGAUGUUGACUCAUCCGAUCCACCAUCAACCAGACGGUACCGUGACAAAGAGAGAACCAACGAACCUGCACCGCCUGCAUCAGUGGUGACUACAGCACCGCGAGCUACAACACCCUCUGAACCUAAGAAACAAACCAUCAAUGUAACGGUCAAUCCGAAAUCGUUGUCAUCGAAUGUAGCGACAAAAACGACAAAAGUUAGUAAGAGAAUUGAUAUGGGCGCUGCAACGAAUUUCGGUCGCGAUGAGCUCGGUAUAAAUUCGCCAACCCAUCGAAACACUCAUUCGGAAGAGGAUUUAUUUGCAACAAGCAAUACAGUAACAGCUACAUCGGCCGCAAAAAAUUCCGACUUGGACGAUUUAUUCAAAACAUGUUCAACAACAAAUAACUUGGUUUCGGAUACGGUUUCUCCACAAAGCAAUAACCUUGACGACGAUGAUUUCUUCAAUCCUCGAUCGGACGACACACAAGAGUUUGGAGAUUUUGCAAGCGCAUUUGGCACAACAGCGCCCGCACAAUCGCAACCAGAAAAACUCGUCGCUCCAACUGAGCCGAAGAAAAAUGAUUUUGCGGACUUCGGUUCAGCAUUCAACUCAGAACAGCAACAGCAACCAGAACCAUCACCACCAUUAAGCAAUACAACUAGCAACGAUCCGGCCAAUUUACUGUUUGCUAUCAAUUCAACUCCAAACGCACAAAUUACGGCUUCCAAUAGCAGCAAUCCAAAGGUUGGAGACCUUUUAUCUGAUUUGGACGGUCUAAGUUUGGAUGUUUCGGUACCAACUGUUUCAUCGACGGCUGAAAACAACAACGCCAAUAUCACCAAGGAUACGACGACCGAUUAUAAAUCAGCAAUCGAUCACUGUGAUGCAAUCGCCGAACUAGUUGAGAGCCUUCAAUCGAUUGAAAAACUUCACUCAAUCCAUGAUGUUGAUCGCGUGAAUUCGAUUAUCGACCAAUUGCUGUUGCAUUUACCGGGGCCAGUUACACCGGAAAAACUAUGUCGAAUCGAUGACACUGACUGGGAAUACAUUGCUAAUCAUGCAUUUUCAGACGUUCAAAAUGAGUUGAUUCGGCUGUUUGAUGAUGAAUGGCCGAUGAAAAAAGCACCAAACAAUCAAUCGUAUAUUAUCAAACCGAAUUUGCUGCGCUUGUUUUCAAUUGAUCAUUCCGCUUUAUUUGUGAAGACAACCAUUUCAAACAUUUUCGCCCGCGACAACAAUGCCAAAUUCGAUAAAUUGGUGGCAAUUUUCGAAUCGUGUCUUCGCAACGAAACCUGGCUGUUGGCUGCGUUGAUUGAUUUUUCUUAUGCUGAAAAUGGGACUCAAACACUUGACUACAGUGAUAAUCGAGACCAGCUUACUCAGUUGCUGAUAGGAGCACCAAACAAAAUUGCCAAUUACUUCAUGGGCAAACAAUCUCGACUCUUUGAUUCCGAGCACUUUAGCUGUGUUUUAUUGUUGGCACUGAUUCAAGCGCUCUGUUUUAUUGCUGAAAAGAAUAACGCCGAGCAGAAAGCACUGUUUAGUACCCGGUUUUUGGGUCAAUUAUUCGGUCGCAUUGCAGUCGACUUCAACUUGAAUCGAACAUCAAAAGUAUUGCCGGAAACAUUUCGAGCAAUGUUACUUUUAACCAAACGGUCUGCCCAAUUCAAAAAGACUUUGCAUGAAAUGAUGUUACAAUUGUAUCGGUCAUCGUUUGACAUUGUUGCAUGGUACAUAUUGAACCAUGCCAGUCCGGUUGAUUUGUUAGGCGAUGCCGUGAAAACAUCCAACGAUUGGGCAUACACAUUGAAAACGAAAUUGAUUCUGUCACCAUCCGUCACAGUUGAUGACAACUUCAUACGAAAGUUUAUUGGGUACCUAUCCAUGCACUUGACACCUGAAGAAAGCUGUAACGUAUUGGAGGAUGUGGCAAAGAAAUGGUCAAGCAAACUAUCGCUGAAGACCAAUUCCAUUGAACAGCAUCUGUAUUUCACGAAACUGUUGGUGAUUGGUGCUGAACUGUUUCCAAUGCGGCAAAGUGUGAGAUUCACCGAAAAAGUGUCCUUGAUCAUUCACAAUGGCGUUCGAAAUCAUAUGGAAAUUUUGGAUGAGAGUGUUCGUGCCGUUGGAAUGAUAACCGCUGAAAUCGUUUUGAACAAGUUCAGUAAUCAGGACGCCGAAGAAUCAAAAUUGCAUUUCGAUUAUGAUGGAUUUGGCAAUGCUGCACGACAACUCGUCGAACAAAUCAAGCAAUUCCAUCAAUCAACCGAAAUCGAUGAACAAGAUUUAAGCGAAAAUGAUAUCGAAAAAUCGAUUGAUAUCCUCUACUCUGGCAUACCAAAAGAAAGCGAAACAGAGGAGGGAAAAGGCCAAUCAAAAGUGGUUGAAAUUGGUGCAAAACCAUCUACAUCAAGUAGUAUACGAAAUGCAGCCAUUGAAGUUGCCGCCAUUGCACCAUGUCAAUCGAAAACGGGCCUAGUGCUGGCCACACCAAAGGCGGAAUUAUUCGAUGACGAUGAUUUAGAUUCGGACGAUGACGAUGAUUUACAGCCGUACGAUAUGUCAAAUGAUACGGCCAUAGCGGAAGCGAAAAGACCACGUUAUUUGCAUGAUGUUCGCGAAGCAUUGCUCGAGACCGAGGAUCCGGAAGUCUUUGAACAGACAAUGAUCUCAUGUGCCGCAUUGGUUGAGGAAAGACUUCCCGAUAAUGAUUCCAACAUUGACGUGGAAUUGUUGCGUCUGUUGAUCGAGAUCGAUGAACGCUUCCCCGUGGACGACUUUGACUAUCACAGAAUGUCCACCUGUGUGGCGAUUUGUUGCAUCAAACCGAAAAGUUGUGCUGAAUUCUUGUGCACACAAAUUCACGCUGAACUCGGCCGAUAUUCGAUCGGAAAGAAAGUGUUGAUGUUGGAAAUUCUAGGCGAGUCAGCCAAAACAUUAGCAAAGCUGACGACACCGAAAAAGACAGAACAGGUUGUGGCACCAAAGAAAACUAUGUAUUCCCUCAGUCUGAUCGAUCCAGAGGACGAUACCUAUGAUCGACUUAUCAUGGCCAAGAAAAUAGUUAAAGAGCGUAUUGAAAAGAAAACGCGUCGCUUUGCACAGCCAUCAGCAAGCAUUUUGGACGGAGCCACACCGAAUCAAUUUGCAGAAGUGGCUGGCUCAUUUUUCUUUCCACUUCUUUAUGGAGUCGGUAGAGACGAGUUGAAAUUCCAUGGAAUGGACAAUGCACUCAAAGAUGACACAGAUAAUAUACUACUUUUGAAUCUACUGAAAACGAUUGGAACCGUCACAUUUGCCUCAAAAAAUUGUCCAAUCAUUUCACGAAUCGCACCGGAAGUGUUGCAGCUCGGAUUUGCAUUACGUUUUCAUGCUGAACCAAAGAUACGAUUGGCAGUGUUACAGAUGUUAGCUGCAGCCUUAUUGGUCACACCGAAAUCACUUUUGCAGCUGCAUUUUUCCACAUAUUUGGUUGAGAUGAAGGAUUGGUUGGAGGAAUAUCUAUCGUUUAACAUUAUCAGAGGAGAAAAGAAUGUCGAAUGCCGUCAAAUGGCUCAAAAUGUGUUGGCCCUGUGUCUUGAUGCACUCACAGCCGACGUAUAACCAGCUAAACUAUAAGUUUCGAUCAACCGUUUUUUUUUGUUACGAUAAAACUCAAACCAAGAAAAUUAUAAACAAAACGAAGUUUUUUUUUUAAAUAAAAAAAUAAUCUGCUUUUA